AGAUAGCGUAUCAGCUGACACCGGCUAACCACUCUCCUCCCGCUGCAACUGCUCUGUUUGACGGGGAGGAGGAGGAAGGACCUGCUGUCUUUGCGUCCCUUCGGAGUCCUUCUGUUGCGAGGCUGAGCAGGAGAGGCAAGCCAGGGGACGCGGGCGAGUCUUCGAGAUGGCUCACUUCCUUGAGCUACGUCUUGACCGAGCGAUCAGAGAGGGAGACUUGACAGGGGUAAAGCAAGCACUAGACGAUGGAGCGCCUCCUGACGGUGACAGGAACGCCGGAAAGAAGCCCAUUCACUUCGCCGUGGAAAGCGGGGUCGUCCAGAUCACGGAGCUCCUGUGUGAAAGGGGCGCCGACCUCAAUGUGGCGAAUCCCGAAGACCAGGGAGAAACACCACUGCUCACUGCAAUACAAAAGGGGGAAAUAUCUGCCGUGGGUCUUCUGCUGAAAUCCGGGGCUGAUGUUCAUAUGAGAGACGUAAACCGUAAGCAGAGAAACCUAUUCUUUAAUUAUAUUACUAUGUGUGAUACACACGCAUGCUCAUAUAUAUGACCAUAUGUAUACAGG